AUGCAGCAGAGCGAUGAGAGCCGGGAGAAGCGCAGGGUGCAGGUGGGAACAGAGGUGGCUCUCGGUGCUCCUUUCUGGCUCCUCGGUGGUCCUUUCUAUCCCUUCGAGAGUCCUUUCUGGCUCUCGGUGGUCCUUUCUGACUCACGUCUCCUCGGUGGUCCUUUCUGGCUCCUCGAGAUCCUUUCUGGCUCGCGGUGGUCCUUUCAGUCUCCUCGGUGGUCCUUCCUGGCUCCCGGGGAGCUGCAGCCGGGCGAUGGGAGCCGGGAGAAGCGCAGCUGCGGAGCUGCGGGCUCAGGGAGCCAGCGCCUUAUGCAAAUCUGGGCUUCCGAGGGUGGCUUUGUGCCGCUGGCUCGGUGUCACGCUGUCAGCGGGCUCGUCCCGCAGCUCCAGCAUUCUGGGGCAGGUGCUGCCCGGCUUGCCUUGCCGGCUCCCCGUCGGAACAGCCGCUUUGGGAUGGAAUCGGGGCGAGGCGCUGCCUCCCCCGUGAGGGGAGCGCCCUUGCAGAGGAACCAGCUGCGGGUUUUACCGGUUUUUUAUUUAAACAUUCUCCCCAGCGUCGCUCGGCAAACACCUCGUGCUUUUCGUGAGGCAGCCAUGGCCAGCAGCUCGCAAAAAGCAGAUAAGAACAGAAAUAAAAGCAAAAAUAUGGAGAAUGAAGCUUCAGAAAAUCCUCCGUUGUCUGAGAAAACAGAUUCGGCUCCUUCUGAGGACUCGCAGUCCCUUUUCAAGACUGAACCACUGGAAAAGGUUUUAAAUGAGAUCAGCAAAGAAAUUAAUAACUUGUUAUCAAAAUAUGCUGACACUAUAAGUGCAAGAAUAGCUUUGGAUUCUUCUUAUGUCCAGGAACUUGAUGAGAUCCUAAAAGAAGCCAGGGCCAUAGAGAAGCACCUAAAGCAGAAAAGGGAGAAGCUGAAAGAGAGCUUCGCUGUCAUUGCCAAUAGUCUGCAAAGCUGAAUGGAGUUUGUUCUGGAAAUGCAGAGCCAAAGUUGUGUUUGUGUAGGAAAACAAACCGUGGUGAGUGUUGUGAUGGCUGUUUCUUGUAUAAAUAUUUCUGUCAGUUCAGGAAAUUUCCAACAAGUUAAGCGGCUACUUAGUGUUUACAUAGGUAGUGAAGUGGUAGUUAAUAACAACAAUUCUGAAUAUCUGUUUUAAAUCCUGUGACUCAAGGGAUUAAGACAUUAAGCCAUGUUAACCUGUUAAACAUCGCAAAAAACUAUUUCUAUGAAAUAUAGAAAUUUGUGAUGUAAGUGGGAAAUUACCUCAGAUUACUUCAUGUUAACCACUUUCUGGCUAUGAGUUGGUUUGUUUUUUUCCUUUCUACUUUAAUUUUUUUCCUUUUUUUGCUAAAAUCUUAGUAGAAUGUACUUGCAAUGUUAUUUCCAUUUGGCCUCAGAAUGUCAAGAGGCUGAAAAGAUCAGCUUAGAAAUAAGAGAUUCUAUAAAGAACUUUGAGAAAGUAAGAAGUCUUGAUUUGAAAUGCAUUGUAAUACUGGCAAUAUGUGUUACAUUUCAAGGCCACGUUGAUAUAAAACAUAACCAAAGCUUUGCUGUUGGUGUCAGUAAGUAAAUAAAUAAUGUUAACAUGAUCUGGAAUGACAGUGUUAUUUUGUUUGGCUCCAUGAGUGUUGUUUGUUGUUAUUCAUUUUUUUCUGAGAACACUCAGCCCUUUUUCUUUCUUGUCAUUUUACUCUGUUUAAAAAAAAAAAAAAAAGAAAAAAAAAAGAUGAAACGUGGAAUGCACAAAGGAUCACUUGUACAAAGCGUGGGGCUUAUGUAAUAAAGAGAAGUGCUGGAACAAGAUAUAUUUCCACCUCUAGCCCCGUAGUGUGCAGUGAUUUCCUCUUGAAAUCCUCUCAGACCUAAUCCACCCUCCUUUCCCCCUUCCCUGAGCUCAAAGCCCAAUGUGCUACGUGUCACGGCGACACGAUCUAAAGCGAAGAACGAGAGGAACUGGACAUGUAGGGUGAGAUUUAGAUCCCUGAAGAUGCAGAUAUGUCCUUAGCAGGAUUUUCAAAGUGCCUAAGCGUGGUGUAAGCGCCUUACCCGCUUAGGAAUUUUGGAAAAUCCCAUAAGGUGCCUAUCUGCAUCUUUAGCAUCGAAAGGCUUUCCAGAGUCUCACCACUGCUCUGCCAUCACAUUUAGCAGUCUCCUGGUUUUUCCCCUGCUGCUCUCUGUUUAUACAGAGAAAUGUGGGAAAAAGAGGAGAUUGAGGAAGUGCCAUUUUCUAAAAUCUUCUGCCGGCUGUUUCUAAAAUCCUGGCUCAUCUGUGGUGAUGACACAACCCGGAGUUUCACAAUGAUGUCUGCCAAGGCCCGAGCUCAGACAUUUACCCACGGUUAUUAGUGAAUAACAAAGCAAAGUUGCACAAAUCAAUUCCUGAGGAGCACCUGCCUGUUACUGCAUCUCUUUGUGCUCGGGGAAACCGUGCAGCCUCUUCAGAGCAUCUGGGCUUGGAUUAUCGCCAUUUAUUUAUGUGGCCAACACAUCCAACUAUUAUUAAGUGUCAGAACUUAGAUUUUGGGAUGCAAUAAUGUGAUAAGGUUUUUCCCAUGGGGAAUCAACUGCUCCUGUUGCAGCAGUUUGCUCUACUUAAAAACUUCAUCAAACCCAACAAAAAUGAGUAAAACUCCACUUUUAAAACAGUGAAGGACUGUUUGGUGCAGUUCAAUCCCAGAUAUAUUUGGUUUUUUACAGUGAUUUCUUACAGAGUUGGUUGGCAUUCCAAUUAAUAACCUUUAAUCGAGUGGAAUGUCUGGGAUAAUGAGAGGAAUUUAGAAUUUGAGGAGUAAAGUCAGUGAGUAUGGCCACAGUAACCCAGGUGAGCUUAUGAACAGUGUUAUAAUUAUUCUUUUUUAAAAUUUAUAAUUAUUAAUUUUUUAAAAUUACUGAGAGCAAUGAAGCUUCUGGUUUUGCUGUGUGGA